AUGGACGAGGUUAAGGACGAGUCGAAGCAGGUGUCGUACCACGUGAUCCGCGACUCUAACGGGAAUGUGAAGCUCGAGUGCCCGGCCAUUGGGAAGCAAUUCGCCGCAGAGGAAAUCUCUGCGCAGGUGCUGCGCAAGCUGGUCGACGACGCGGCGAAGUUCCUCAAUGACAAGGUGACGAAGGCGGUGGUAACUGUGCCUGCGUACUUCAACGACAGCCAGAGGACGGCGACCAAGGACGCGGGCCGCAUCGCCGGCAUCGACGUGCUUCGCAUCAUCAACGAGCCUACCGCCGCGUCGCUUGCUUACGGAUUCGACAAGAAGAGCAACGAGACGAUCCUCGUCUUCGACCUCGGAGGCGGAACCUUCGACGUGUCUGUCCUGGAGGUGGGUGACGGCGUGUUCGAGGUGCUAUCGACCUCCGGCGACACGCACCUGGGAGGAGACGACUUCGACAAGCGUAUCGUGGACUGGCUGGCGGACGCCUUCAAGCGCGACGAGGGCGUGGACCUCACCAAGGACAAGCAGGCGCUGCAGCGACUCACCGAGGCUGCGGAGAAGGCCAAGAUGGAGCUCUCCACGCUUACCCAGACGUCCAUCAGCCUGCCGUUCAUCACGGCGACUGCGGACGGCCCCAAGCACAUCGACACGAACCUCACGCGCGCCAAGUUCGAGGAGCUCUGCUCCGAUCUGCUCGACAGGUGCAAGACCCCCGUGGAGAACGCCCUCCGCGACGCCAAGCUGUCCUACUCCGACCUGCAGGAGGUCAUCCUGGUUGGUGGGUCCACCCGCAUUCCCGCGGUGCAAGAGCUCGUGAAGAAGCUCACAGGGAAGGACCCCAACGUGUCGGUCAACCCCGACGAGGUGGUUGCUCUCGGCGCGGCCGUGCAAGCCGGAGUGCUGGCGGGUGAAGUGUCGGAUAUUGUGCUGCUGGACGUGACCCCCGCUGUCUCUCGGCCUGGAGACGCUCGGAGGAGUGAUGACCAAGAUUAUCCCCAGGAACACGACUCUCCCCACGUCGAAAUCCGAGUGCAAGCUUCGGACAAGGGCACAGGCAAGAAGCAGGAUAUCACCAUCACGGGCGCUUCUACCCUUCCCAAGGACGAGGUGUCUAAGAUGGUUGAGGAGGCGGAGAAAUACGCAGCAGAGGAUAAGGAGAAGAGAGAGGCUGUGGAUGUGAAGAACCAGGCUGAUUCCAUGAUCUACCAGACGGAGAAGCAGCUCAAAGAGCUUGCGGAGAAGGUUCCUGCGGACGUGAAGGCGGGCGUUGAGGCCAAGGUGGCGGAUCUGAAGGCUGUGGCGGGCGGGGAUAACAUCCAGGCGAUCAAGGACAAGAUGAACGACCUCAACCAGGAGGUCAUGAAGCUUGGUCAAGCCGUGUACUCUCAAGGAGGUGCUCCCGGUGCUGACGGUGCUGCUCCUAGUGCUGGUGCCGGUCCCACACCCGGCGGUGCUGCUGGCGGCAACCCCAAUGACGUGAUCGAUGCCGACUUCACUGAUUCGAAUGAGUGUAGCAAAUGA